AUGGAGGAACCUCUUCCUACUACGACAACAGAUGGUAACUCAAAUACCAAUACCAAUUCACCAAAUACAAAUUCAUCAAUAACCAUAGAUGAAACAUCAAACCUUUCCACAUCAUCAGAUAAUAUAUAUGUUGAAAACAUGGUCAAGAUGAAUCCCUUUCUCCAAUGUUUUGUCAAUUAUUAUAGUUCAUCACCAAAUCACAAAGAAUCAGUUAUAUUAAAUCCUCAUUAUGAAGAUAUUUACUUACCGGGAGGUCGCAUUAAAUUUAAUCGAUGGUUUUUGUUUCCAUCAGCCUUUAUAGUACAGUUUUGUAUCGGUUCACUGUACGCAUCAUCCAUUUUCAAUAAACCAAUCGAUGCCUAUAUAUUUGGUAAUCCUGCAGCUGGUAUGGCUCCAAUUACAUUUUACAUUGCCGUUGCAUUAUUUGGAACAUCAGCAUGUUUGUUGGGUCCAUGGGUUGAAAGAGUAGGACCAAGAAUAAGUAUGGUUGUAGGGUCUGGUCUUUUUACAAUUGGUCAUUUUAUCACAGCUUUUGGUAUUCACCAGAAAGCUAUUUGGGAGGUGUAUGUUGGCUAUGGUGUGAUUGGUGGUAUAGGGUUGGGUAUUACGUAUUUGUCACCAAUUUCAUGUCUCCAAAAAUGGUUUUGUGACAAGAGAGGGUUGGCAGCAGGUUUUGCAGUGUGUGGAUUUGGUGCCGGUGCCAUUGGUUUCAGUCAGUCACUGCUACCAAUCAUCGAUAAGGUCGGUCUCCCCAUCACCUAUGUCAUUCUGGGUAUUAUAUUUAUAUGUGUCAUUUGGCCACAAGCCAUCCUGUUUCGAGUACCACCACCCAACUAUGUCAUCAACGGUGUCCGUGUCGACGGUCGCAAGGAAGCACCCAAAAAACGUGUUGUUGUCGAAGAGGACGGAGCACAAAUCAGUCGAAACAUUGCCGAGGAGCCAACCAUUGAAGACGACAUUUUUUCACGUGAAAAGAUCCCACUCUCGUACGCAUUGACCAGUCGCGAGUUCCGUCUCAUCUAUGUCGUCUUUCUUUGCAACGCCAUCUUUGGUUUGGCCGCCAUGUCACGUCUCUCCAACAUGAUCCAAGAUAUUUUUGGGCAGUCCAAGGAGGCUGCCGCACUCGUCGUCGGUGUCAACGGCGCCUUUAACUUGGUCGGUCGUCUCGGCUUUGCCUUUGUGUCGGAUCUGUACGGCCGAAAGAGCUGCUUUAUCGCCAUGCUUUCCAUCCAAACGGUCAUCAUUGCCACGGCUACACCAUCUACGACAUCCAAGUAUACACCACCAACACGUACUGGCUCUUUGCCGUUGCGUUGA